AAAAAAUGGCAUUACUACUCGUACUGUUUAUUGUAGCCGUGUUAAUAGUAGCAUUCUUUAUUGGUCAUAUCUAUUUGCAAAGUGUGAAAUUUCCUGGUGUGAAAAUUUCAAUAAUUGUUGGAAGUUUCCUAAUCAAGUCAAUGAUAAAAAUUCUUGGACCUAGAAUGAAAAUAAUAGAAAAGGUUCUUUCCAAACCAUUGCCACCUUCUCUAGAAACGGAAUCGUUGAAAAUUGAGACAAUUCCAAUUACAUUUGACACUUCAAGUUCUGAACUAUAUUUGAAAGAAAAUGGUCAACCAAUUUCACACUAUUCACUUCGAAUUUACCAACCUAAACCUUUCAAAAAUGAUGGCUAUCCCAUUGUGAUGUAUAUUCAUGGAGGUGGUUGGAUGCUUGGCUCAAUUGACUCUUCCAAUCAACUCUGCCUGACUUUAUCCAAAAAAGGAUUCCUAGUCGUGAGUGUAAAUUACAGAAAAACUCCAGAACACGUUUUCCCAUCAUGUUUAAAUGAUAAUUUGAAUGCACUUUCUUGGAUUGGAAAGAAUUAUCAGAAAUAUAAUGGAAAUAUUUCACAAUUGACCAUAACAGGAGAAUCUUCAGGAGCUCAUUUAGCAAUUACAACUCAAAUUAGAAUAUUUUCAGUUGAUAAAGAAAUAUUGGAAAGAGAAAAUGUGCCACAGAUAACUCAGCAAGGUUUACUAUAUCCAGUUUUGGAAUAUUACAAAUAUGGAAAUGAAAAGUAUGAUUCGUAUAAGAAAUUUAGAGAUUGUGGACUUUUACUUGAUGGAAUGAUAAUGGACAUGUUUUGGAGUUUGUUAAUUGGUGAAUUGAGGGAAGAAGAAGUGAAAUCGAAUAGAUUUUUAUCACCACUUAGUGCUAUUGACCUUUCAGAUAAUUUAUUCUAUUCCAAAUUUCCAAAAGGUUUCGUCUGGCUUGCCGAGUAUGAUGUAGUAAGAGAUGAAGGCGAAUUAUUUGCUACUUUAAUUAACAAGGUUUCGAAUGGAAAGUUGAAAAUUAAGGAAUGGAAAUGUGGAACUCAUGGUUUCAGAUUUAAACGAAACUAUAACGACUUGGCUGAUGCAAUUGUUGAAUUAUUACAAAACUAAACCACUCAAUUGAUAGACAAACAUUAUUUAAUUUUAAAAUGGUAAUGUUUCUAAUAAUAUUGUAACAUGGUAAAAAAUAUUAGAAACAAGACGAAUGCAACGACAUUUUGGGAUUUGAAAGUAACAUGCAAUGCUUCCAUGUUGGUAUCUUCGAAAUGCAUCUCUCCUCAUAAAAGUAUUUUCAUAGCUGCUCUCAUCAACCGAAAGUGCAUUACGAUUAUUCGAAAGGUGUAGAUAUACAUUUUCAACAAUGGAUUCCUCGACAAGAGAUGAGUAAUGAUUCCAGUAUCCCCACUAGUUGCGAUAUUUGCGAAUCAAGCAAUAAAAUGCAACAAACUUUUCAACAUUAAAAAAAACAAAUCCAAAUGUUCUAUUCGAAA